AUGAAAUCGGCUAUUUUAACUUGUAAAUAUUUAAAUGUUAAAUCAAUAAUUGUUGCUGUUCCGUGUAGUGCAACUGAUUGUAUUGAAGAUAUUAUUAUUUUUGGUGGUAAACAAUCGAUUAAAAUCGAAUUAGAUUCUCAACAUUUUUUAUAUGGUGAUUUAACAUUAGUACCGAAUUCUAUUGGUUUAGUUCUAUUUGCGCAUGGUAGUGGUAGUUCACGUUUAUCACCUCGUAAUCAAUAUGUAGCUGAACAAUUAAAUGAAUCACAAAUAUCGACAUUUUUACUUGAUUUAUUAACUAAAAAUGAAGAAAUUGAAGAUGAUAGAACACGAAAAUUAAGAUUUAAUAUUCCAUUUUUAGCCGAUCGAUUAUCACAAGUUACUGAUUGGUUAUAUCAAAAUAAUAAAAAUAUUCAAAACUUAUCAAUAGGAUAUUUUGGUGCAAGUACAGGUGGUGCAGCUGCUAUUAUAGCUGGUGGUAUUAAACAACAAAAACGAACAAAAGCAAUUGUAUCACGAGGUGAACGACCAGAUUUAGUACCUAUUGAACAAUUGAAUCAAAUAACUGUUCCAACAUUAUUAAUUGUUGGCGGUGCCGAUACGGAUGUAAUCAAAAUGAAUGAAGAAGCUCAUUCACAAAUGCUCCAAUUGAAAGACGAUAAACAGCAAAAAGCUUUAAAAUUGAUUCCAGAUGCAACACACCUAUUUGAAGAAAAAGGAGCCCUUGAACAAGUAUCACAAUUAGCUAUAUAA